ACAGAAUAGACGUGACAUUGAAUGGAACUUUGUAUCUCACGUUAUGAAAUAUUGACCUGCCAAAAAAUUAGAGUGCUUUUUAUGCCCUUUGCGAUUUCCUACGGGAACAUAGGAAUUAUCAUAGAUAACUCGUUAAGUGAAUAUCGAAAAAAGUGAACACUUGAAAAACUUAUUUUUAUUGAAGUCGUAAUUAUUGAUUGAAAGGAUGUAUAAUAAAAAGUUCAAUAUAGUUAAUAACAAUUAUACAUUUAUAAUAUGGGGUCUGGCAAUACAUUUAAUAUUAUUAUGGGGUGUACUUGAUGUAAACUUUCAUUCUCCCAUUAUUCAAGAACUACCAAAUGUACCAAUUUUAAGAAAUGCGCCAGCAAAAAGAUUGGUCUUAUUUGUAGCAGAUGGUUUAAGAUUCAGAACCUUCAUUGAAGCACCACCAAAAUUUCUCAAACACAUAAUGACAGAUACAGGUACUUGGGGUAUAUCUCAUACAAGAAUGCCAACAGAAUCUAGACCAGGCAUUGUUGCAAUUUGUGCAGGAUUAUAUGAAGAUCCUAGUGCUAUAUUUAAAGGAUGGAAAGAAAAUCCUGUUGACUUUGAUUCUGUUUUUAAUCAGAGUUAUCUCUCAUGGGCAUGGGGGAGUCCUGACAUUAUACCUAUGUUCACAAAGGGUGCAGGAGAAAAUGUACAUGGCGACAGUUAUCCUCCUGAAUGGCAAAAUUUUGAUAUAAUGCAUGGUAAAAUUUGGCGUUUAGACUCUUGGGUGUUUGACAAAUACAUUGAUUGGCUUAGAGAAGAUGCCCACAAAGUUAAAAAUGCUGAACGUGUUGUCCUAUUCCUUCAUCUUCUUGGCUGUGAUACCACAGGACAUACAGCAAAACCUCAUUCUAGAAAAUAUGUUGAUAACAUGAAUUAUGUUGAUUGGAAAAUAGAAGAGGUUGUACAAAUGACAGAAAAUUUUUUUGGAGAUAAUAGUACUGCAUAUAUUUUCACAUCUGAUCAUGGAAUGACUGACUGGGGGUCACAUGGAAGUGGCUCUACAGAUGAAACAGAAACACCAUUAAUUGUUUGGGGUGCAGGAAUUAAUGCAUUUAAUUUUCGUCAAAAUGUAGAACAAGUUGAUAUCACACCACUGAUUUCGUCUUUGAUUGGUGCUCCAAUUCCGAUUAACAACGAAGGUGUUUUACCAUGGCAGUAUUUAAGUACUAAUAAUCUUAAAUACAUAAAUCAUGCGCUGUUAAAUAAUUUGAAACAGUUAACUUACCAAGUAAAGGCAAAUCAUAAAAUGAAUUGUGAAAAUAAUGGAUUAGCUGAUUGGCGAGAGAUAGAAUUAGACAAUAAAAUUUCUACUUUCGAUGAAGAUUCUGAAACAGAAGAUCCAAAUGAAAAAUUGAAAGAAAUUGUUAAUACAAUUAAACUAGCUAAAAAGUCUUUGUUAUAUUUUCGACAAUACCAAAGAACAAGAUUUUUAUUAUAUUUGUCUAUAAUAUGGCUAGGAUGGAUAAUAUUGUUAUUCUUUAAAAUAACUGGAGUUAUUCGGCCCCGUCUUAAUUCUUUUAUUUUAUUAAUAACAAAUUGUGUAUUUAUAAUUCUAGUAACUAUGAUACUUAUCAUGCAUAAAGUUUCAGGUUGUAAUAAUUGGAGAUUACCCUGUUAUGCAUUUUUAACUAUGAUUUCUUUCUGGCUAGCUACUCGAAGUAUAAUUAUAUACACAGUAAAAUUAAAAGUCUGUAAAAGCCAAUAUUAUUGGACAAUAAUUACAGGAAUAAUUUUUUUAUUAACAAUAAUGUUCAUUGGCUUAACAUAUAGAUUUGCUCUUAGUAUAGGAAUGUUAUUUAUUACUCUUGUUCAGAAGAUAGUGUUAAAAAAUGCUCAGAGUCUAUUUUUUUGGACAGCUUUGUCUCUAGCUAUUUUUCCACUAUUACCUGUUGUAGAACCAUACCCUCGAGUUUACAUCAUAAUUCUUAGUAUAUGUGUUGUAACUUUAAUAGUUGCAUUAAAAAUGCAUUCAAGGUAUAGAAAAGCAGUCGAAAUUUUUCGACUGAUAGUCACAGGACUAAUAUACUUAGAAUGUAUAGAUGGCCGAAGUUGGAUAUCAUGGACGAUUUUAUCAACGACACCAUUAUAUAUUUUUACUUAUCCUAUGCAAUUAAAAGAAAGGAUGCAAGGGAUCGUGUUGGGACUUUUCUGUCCACUUGUCUUAUUAUCUGCAUCUUAUGAACCUUUCUUUUUUAUAAUUCUUGCGUUACAUCUAUCCUGUUGGUCACAAUUUAAUGUGUCUUCUAUUCAAGUUUAUCAAAGUACUAAAAAUCCUUUGACAUUGGAAGAGUUGCUUAAAGCAGCAAUCUUUAUGCUAUAUACAUUGCUGUGUUUCUUUGGAACAGGUAAUAUGGCGAGUGUCAGUUCGUUUGAUCCGUCUUGGACUCGUCAUUUCGUGACAGUUUUCUCUCCCUUUACAAUGUUCCUGUUAAUACUUUUAAAGCUAAGCAUUCCUUUAAUGUUAAUUGGAUGUACAAGUCACACACUUGGAUCUUCAAAUAUUUUUCUAGGAGUGCUUUUACUGGGAGACUGCUUAUCUUUACCACUCAUGUAUUAUGUUACUCCUCAAGGAAGUUGGCUAGAUAUUGGUAGCGCUAUAAGUAGAUUCACAAUUGCAAUUUUCCUUCCAUGCCUUAUAGUAUUAUUGCAUUAUCUUUCAUAUCCUUUAAUAACGUUCUCUCCAAAUAAACAUAAAUUUUAUAUUAAUUUAAAAAAAGAUCAUAUUGUAUAAAAAAUAUAAAAUAUGUAUAUAAAAUAAACGAUUUAUUUAUAAUAAAGUGAUCAAGCAAAUAUAAUUGUUCUUAUUUGAUGUAAUAAAAAUUGAUAUAUUUUUGUUUUUCUUUUGAAAGAAAUUAAUAU